AUGUCAGCACUACCAACACAACAGCCUCCAUUAUUGGAACAAGCAACUGGUUCUCCCACUGGUUCUCUCAAUCUCACUGGCAUCAGCAGUUCAGGAGCAAACGGGACCAAAAACAGCACCACCGGUCGACGUCGCCGCAACAUUCAAUGCGAUAAAACAGAUCGCUCAGGUAUUGCUAUAGUCUUUGACAUCGUAUUGAACUAUCCAAGCAAUUUACAAUAUCACACGCUGAACCGUGAAAUGAACCUAUUUAUCUGGAUCCAUGAAAAGUUGAAUGCUGUAAAUAAUCUUAAUAUUGUGGCGGAUGAUGGAACCUACAUACCUGUGGAACUUUGUUACGUUCAAUCUCAUCCAAAUGGCAACUUCGAUAAUGAGAAUAAUGCUAAUGGUAUUGUCGUCGAACCAACAGCAACAACGACCGCAACUACAGAAACAACCACAUCAACUUCUACGUCAACAACGACAACGACAACAACAACAACUACUACUACUACAACAACUACAACAACAGUAGUAUUGGUAAAUAAAAUAUAUAUUCUUCACGUUUAUAUGUUUCGUUUAGUAUGGCAAGCUACAGGAAGCAUGACUGAUGCGAGAGACUAUCAUACUGCGUCUAAAUUAACAAAUGAAAAAGUACUAGUUACAGGUGGAGAAGCUAAUAGCGCCGUUUUAAAUAGUGCUGAGCUAUAUGACCCAUCAACAGGUAACUGGACAACUAUUAGUCCCAUGAGUAGUGCACGAAAACUUCACACAGCAACCAUAUUAACAAAUGGAAGUGUGCUAAUUAGCGCUGGGUAUACUGGUAGUGGCUUUUCAGAUAGUGCUGAAUUAUAUAACCCAAUAUCAGGCACUUGGACAUCUACAGAAAAUAUGAAUGCUGUACGAGGCGCUCAUAUCGCAGUCAAGCUAGCAAAUGAAAAAGUAUUAGUUAGUGGUGGUGAUGGUGGUAGUGGUUAUUUAAACACUGCUGACUUGUAUGAUCCCAUAGCAAAUACUUGGACAGCAGUUAGUCAGAUGAAUUCUAUACGUUGUGAUCAUGUAGCAUCUAUAUUAUCAAAUGGUAACGUCUUUGUUGCUGGUGGAUCUAAUGGUACUGAUCUAGCGAGUGCUGAAAUAUACAAUCCCACAACAGACACUUGGACAAAUACAGGUAGCAUGAGUGUUGCUCGAUACUCACCUACAGUAUCGGUAUUAUUAAAUGGAAAAAUACUAGUUGCUGGUGGAAAUCAUGGUGGUAGUUUUUCGAACGUUGCUGAUUUGUAUGAUACAUCGACUGGCACUUGGGCAGUUACAGGUAGUAUGAAUUGUGCAAGAUUUGGUCAUGCAGCAGCUGUUUUAUCAAAUGGAAAUGUAUUAGUUACGGGUGGAUGCGCUGCUAAUAGUAUUGCUGAAAUAUAUGAUGCAUCAAUAGGAACUUGGACAGUCACAGGAAAUAUGAUGGCUUUCCGCCAAUAUCACACAAUAUCCCAAUUAACAAAUGGAACAGUAUUAGUUGCUGGUGGUAUUUAUAGCACUAGUACUUAUUUAAACAGUGCAGAAUUAUAUUAA